CAGCACAGCACAGCACGGCACAGUAUAGCACCGCACCGCACACCACGUUACAGCUUACCUAGGGCAUUCAUUCAUUGACUAUUGUACCUGACCUUACCUUGCCUUACCUUGGCUGACCAUACCAUACCAUACCAUACCAUACCUACAUACGACACCAUUGUGGGAGCUACAGGGCCGACGACAGAGAGCACAAACCACAGACGCCCGUUAUCGCCUCUCGAGCCCUGUGACCCCGGCUACCUACUCUGUCAUAUUUUCGUGUGAAGCGAUGACAUUUGUGAGUUACUGACACGGGGCGUCUUUCUCUAUCCACCCCCCUCUAAACUUGGGUAAGGCGCAACGUUCGCCACAACGUACCACUGGUGCUGGUGCUGGUGCUGGUUCUGGUGCUGCCCUGGUACUUGGAAGUGGUUGGCCUUGGAGCUGCCGCUACCGUCGCCGUUGGCGGUCUCGGUACUACUCGUUGCCCUCUCUCUGCUGCUGCUUGGUGUUGUUUCUGCUGCUGCUGCUGCUGCGACCGCCGCCGUCGCCAGUCCCAGUGCUGCUAUAGCGCCUGUCCACCAGAUGUGCAAAUCGAUCCGCGCCAAAGUGCAUCCCCCUGUCUUUGCACUGUUAGGAUAUUGACUAAGUUGCUUGUCCAACACACCUUCUAUAAACGUACCUCUUCGAGUAACGCACGAUGAGUAAUUCUAAUCUGAGAAAACGCCGCCCUCAUGGCCACGAGGGUCCCCCUGCGGUGCCUGUGGCCCAUGAUCCUUCUUCGUACCCUGCUGCUUCUGCUACUGUGAUCCCCCCCGAGGACCUGUCGUUGAAUGAGAUAAAUAUACUUGCCCAGGCUGCUUCCAUCCUCAACUGUCCAGUUUCUGAGCUAUAUAGUCUUGAUAAUCGCAGGGCUGGUCUGUCACAAUUUCCCACCCCUUUUCCAUCAUAUACCAUACCUUCCAAGAGACCACGCUUGAGUCAAGAUCUUACGGCCAUGCCGCCAACCCAUGAGACCCAUGAGAAAUCGUCGACAGUUGACCAUGACGUCCCUGGUACCCAAGGCGAGUCGCUGAACAGCUUCACUUUAGGCAUUGGGUCAUCUCGCCUGGCGCAGUGCCUCGCCAAUUUCUCCGUGUGUUCACCUUGCAUAACAUGUGAACCUCAAGGUUACGCCAGCAUACCGGCAGCCAGCCCGUAUGACUAUACUGAGACACAGCCCUUUGUUGACAAUAAACCCCAGUCUUCUCACCCCUUGCCUAGCACGUUGUCUCCGGUUCCACCCAGGCUGUUUGCUAGCAAUAGCCCUAUCAUGACGCAGCAGAUGUUUCCUAAUUAUAGCGUUUUGCAGCCAGAUCGAUUAACGGCCAUUCAACCUACCACCAGUCGCGAAGGCAUGGUAUAUCCUGGGCCUGCCCUCUCUGUUCCCAGCCAAGGAUAUCCAGAACAACCUAUACUGCAGCCUGCCUCGCCUAUUUCUCCCUCCGGUACUAAUCACAUCACUAGAGUACAACCCUUCACCGCUCCUCUACCGGGCGGAGGGGAAGGGCCUAGAAGACCAUAUAGGGACACGUCGGUGUACGCUCAUAUCGAAGUUGACAGAAAUCAAAUGCAUGCACAAACCCGCGAAUUGGAUUUUGUUGCGUCGAGCCAGAAACCGCCCCCUGCAAGAAGAGGGCCGUUCAGAAACCAGCAUGACAGGGAAAAAACGGCCGAAACAAGGCGGAUUGGGAGCUGCAUUCGAUGCAGAAUGCAACGCAUACGCUGUGAAACGAACCCAGAUGAUAGGACGGGUACUUGUCUGACUUGCUCGCGGGUGUCAAAUGUGAAAGUAUGGCGGAUGCCAUGUCUUCGGUACAAGAUCACCGAUGUGAGGCUCUUCAAGCCUGGACCAGUGAAAGGUCACGAGUGGACACGGCGGUGGGUGGAAGGUGUUCCGGACGAUAUCUCGCAUUGGGCGUCAACGGAAACUCGAAAGGUCAGAGUAUCAGAGGGAUACACCAAAGACGCGGUGGAGCUUCGGGUUCGGCAGUUUGUGCCUCAAGAGGGGGACUCGCUCGAGCGAACGUGGGUGCAUGAUGGCGUCAGAAAGCGAGUCAGGAUUCCCGCAUACGCUAUCGUGAAUCUUGAGGAAGCUAAGAACGCCUAUUCCGCUUAUAUUAACAAUAGUUUCGUGGAGUGCUGCAAGAGGAUUUUAUUUGGCAAGGACAAGCUGCUGUUGGGGACAUACGGAGCAGCACUGAGAGUCACACGUGAUCCUACGGCCAGUGAGAAGGAAAAGGAGCUUCUGAAUAAAGCACUUCAACUGUGGAUGGCUGUUCGUAUGACGACAAAGUCAACGGUUAUUGUAGGCGAGGAGACGUUGGGGAUGUCUCCCGACAUUAUGGAUGAAACGAGCUCGCUGCGAGGAAAGAUUCCUCUCCCGCCGGUGAUGGGCGCACAAAUCGAGCUGGUUCUGAUCCACCAGAUCCAGUCUAGUCUUCGACGAGAGAUGCUUGAGAACCUGCAAACAAUAACGCAGGCCAACAAACAGCACACUUGGUUCACUACGUACCUUAUAACAUUCAUAUUACUGCAUAACGUAGCCCUUCUUUGUCAGCACGAUGCCAGCUAUGCUCGGAAACACGGUAUGAAAACUCGCUUUGCAAGGGAGGAUAUGGUCAGAGAAUACCAGUUGGGUGCAAACAUUCUAUUGGCAUAUUUUCAUUAUUGCAACAAAGGCAUACACCCGUUCUCGGCAGAAUGUAAAGAACAGGAUUUGACGACGCUGGCCGCACUGAGUGAGAUUAAGGCACAAUUUAUCAGACAGACGAAAGUACAUGUAGAAAAGCACAGGAAAACAUGGGCCAAGGUCCGCGAAAGCAAUGACUACGAGGACGACUUUUUUUAUAUAAGCCAACUGUUUGAGGAGAACUGGAUGCCACAGCCCACAAUCUAGGUUGUCAUCCCAAAGUCUACCGAAUACCGCUCCUUCACGCUAGCUGUCAUGAGGUACGAGAUUGGCACUAGAGAAGCACAAGAAGCCCAUGUAGGAAAUGAGUAGUGUAGGUUAUCACCGAAAAUCCAGCUAGCUAUACUAUAUAAAGACAACGAAGAACAACUAGUGCUUAUACUUCAUCCUGGAUUGGACGUGCAUUGCAUGAUGGGAUGACAGUAGCGUAAAUCUGCCCCCAGGCUGACCGAGGUCUGCAGUACAUUGUUGAAAUGGAGAUGAUCAAGAUUGGAAAGACUUACUAUGAAACAAUGCACCUGCUGGACAAGUAGACAGACGCCCUGAGUCAUGAGAAAGAUCAAGAGACUGGCCAACCAACGAAGGACGUUUCUAUUACAUCCACCACCUUGUUACAAGGCCGCC